AUGACAUUUAAAAGUUCUAAUGCUACAACGGUACAUUGUAGAAAUAGGAUUAUUCUAUAAAGAUUGUCAUCUUGAAAAUUCUUUAUUCAAGUUGUAUCUUAAGGAAAGAAAUUCAGAUAUUUAGAAAAUAGAAACGUUGGAAGAAUAAAAGAUGGAUAAAGUGGAAACAGAGAAUGUUAUGGAUGAAAAUGAAUCAGAAGGUGAACAAAGUAGCAUUGAAGAAAAGAAUGAAAACACCCUGACAGAUAUUGCUAAUUUAGAUAUCACAUCUCGACUUAGUCUGAAAACAACUGAAAUAUAUGGAGAGUCACAUAGAAAUGGUGUAUCCCAAGUUAAUGGAAUUUGUAAUUCUCCUGAAAGAAUUACCAGUAUCGGUAAUAAUCUUCCACAAUCUGAACCUAUGGAAACUAGUCAUUUAAAUCAACAUGGUACACUCGAAGGUACAUUAUCAUUGGAAACUAGGGAAAAUAAUAUUCGAUAUGUUAGCUAUACGAGUGAAUUACAAAUGCCCAAUAUUAUGAAAUUAAUUCAAAAGGACCUAAGUGAACCAUAUUCUAUUUACACAUAUAGAUAUUUCAUUUAUAAUUGGCCAAAAUUAUGUUUCCUGGCGAUGCAUGGUGACGAGUGUGUUGGUGCCAUUGUCUGCAAGUUGGACAUCCACAGAAAAGUCGUAAAACGUGGAUACAUUGCGAUGUUAGCUGUUAAUGUGAAAUAUCGAAAACAAAAGAUCGGAUCGAAUCUGGUAAGAAUAGCGAUUCAAGCUAUGGUGGAAGAUGAUGCAGGUGAAGUAGUUUUAGAAACAGAAAUUACCAAUCGACCGGCGCUACGUUUAUACGAAAAUCUUGGUUUUGUGCGCGAUAAACGAUUAUUUCGAUAUUAUUUAAACGGUGUAGACGCUCUCCGAUUGAAACUAUGGCUUAGAUGAAAUUCAUCUGUAUUAUUAUAUCCCAAUAAAGACCUAAUUAAUUUUAAUACAUUGAAGAGAUAUUCAAGUAAUGUUCAGUAAUGUCGAGAAAUAUGUAACGUUAAUGCCAAGGAGAUAAAAAUAUUGUAUGCGCACAAAAACAUUUGUACCUGGAAGAAAAAUAAUGUAUUGGAU